CUCCCUCUUCGUCGAACUCGUCUAGUUUCAAGAUGGCGCUGCCCAUGAAGCAACUUGUCUGCCAGUUUCAUAAGAUUUUACCAGUUAUCAUACGCUCGUUGUACACAAAACCAGCGAAUAUAACUCAAUUUCAAUCGAUCAGAAGCAAUAGCCACCCGAAGAUCACCCGUUCUGUGGUUGGUUCACGACAUAUUCAUGCUUCUAUUGCUGGUGGACUAAGGCACGGCGAUUACGAGUAUCAAGAGCCAAAGUCUCCUGAGGAUAUAGUGAAUAUCACCUAUGUGACAAAAGAUGAUGAGAGGAUAGAAGUGAAAGGAAAGGUUGGAGACAAUGUCAUGUAUUUGGCACACAGAUAUGGUAUUGAAAUAGAAGGUGCCUGUGAAGCUUCUCUUGCUUGCUGUACGUGUCAUGUUAUCUUACCAGAUUCAUAUUAUGAUAUGCUACCUGAAUCAACAGAAGAGGAGGAAGACAUGUUGGAUCUGGCCCCUUUUCUAACAUCAACAUCAAGAUUAAGCUGUCAAAUUAUUCUAAGCAAAGAGCUGGAGGGGAUGGAGGUCCAGCUUCCGAAGGCAACAAGGAAUUUCUAUGUUGAUGGCCAUGUACCCCAGCCUCAUUGACCUUGACUUCUUGUUUGACCUUGAGGCUGAUGUUUAGAGGUCGUUCAGGGUUCAUGUGAACAGGGCAGGAUGCAAAGGGUGCUUCAUGUUGAACAGAUUGACUUUUAUAUGGAUGUUUGAGAACACAGAGACCAUCCUGGUGUGUCUUGGUGCAAGAACCUAAAAAGACAGGUGCUUCAGCUGGUUCUUGACCAUGUGGGACCUCAUGUGUGGGAUCAUUAAUGGAGUAUUUUUCUCUGUUCUGCUAAAACUGUCUGAUGGUUCCAUCCUGCACUUUAUCCUUCAUGCUUAAUAUUCUCAUUUGUAACACCUACGUGUAUGUCAUGACCGCAAUAAGCCAGAAAGUGCAUCUUGAGCCAUUAUGAUACCUAAUUUUUUUCCAGAAAUGGUGUGAUUAAGUUGCAAUUUAUUAUAACAUGCCUGCCAGCAAUUCUCCUUGGUCAGAGUGAUCUGAGUUAUAUCUGAUGAAGAACCAAUUUUCUUUGAAUGAAUGGAUGGAUGGAUGAAUGAAUUUAUGGACAGAUGAAUGAAUGAAGAAAUGAAUGAAUGUGUUACUGUUUUUUUAUCUCUUAAUGAUACAAAUGUCAUAUUAGUUAAAGACAUAAAUGUCCACUUUUUCAUUUAGGAUGUAAUGGUCAGCAAGUGUAAUGACACCAAAAUUAAUAUUUCAGAAUUGAUUUUAAAAAUUCAACCACGAAGAUGAUACUGAGUAAUACUAGUUGUCUUAAAUUUAAUAUCCAUAGUAUUGAUACACAGGGAAAAUUCUGGUAAAAUUGGAAUAGUUAAUGAAAACUUGCUUAGAACUUAUAACGUGUAAACAUGUGAUGUACCAUGCAAUCCUACAGGAAUUUGAUGAUCUCUGUAUUAAGCAUAUAAUAUAAAUUGAUUUGUCAACAGGUCAUGUUUUAUCUUAUCAAAAAAUUGAUUACUUGACUGUGUGCUACUGGAGAGAUUGUCUAGUUUUCAAACAUAUUUUUGUGAGUUUAUCCAUAGAACAUUGAAGAAUGGAUACACAUUGCUAGGUAUGAUUUUUUAGAUUUGUCUAAAUGUCCAUUAUUUUCCCAAUAAAGGAAUAUAAGGAAUAAUAUGAAUAUUGGAAACCUUAAUAAAACCUUAUAUCUUGGUUCACAUAAUCUGAUUUCAAAGUUUGCUUUGACUACAGAAAAUUUUGUAAAUGAUCAAAUACCUGGGAACACAUUAUCUCAGAUAGAAAUAUGACUAGAAUCGGCCAAGUAUUAUACUAAUGGAAGGUCAACCUGUCAACGUUGACUUUACACAGAGUAAGCUUAGCUUUCAAGCAGUAUCUCUCACCAAAUAAAAAAUAUUGAAUGAAUUAUUCUGAAAUUCCAAAGAAAGAAUAAUUGUUUAGACCUUGCUCAGAUAUAGUGCAUCUGGAUGUAUCCCUCCAUCCUUCUCUAUCUUUUGCUGAAAAUCUGAUUGAACUGCCUUGAAUAUCAUGGUACUUGAUUAUCAUCAAUUACAUACAGAUAAAUUUGCAUGAGUCAGUCUUCUGUAAGUCAAAUAAUUGCCUCAGUCGAAGUGAUUUCAGUCCAGAAUGUAUGUAACAUGAUUAUUGACAUAUAAAUUGAACAGAUUUCUGUGACUUUAAGAGAUUCAAUGGCUAAUGGCAGAUUCAUGUAAAGCAGUUAUCAUGGUAAGGUACAGAAGUACAGGGAAAAGGUUGAGGCUGGAGAAAUAGGCGAAUUAGACAAUCAUUUUGGGGAGUUUUUAAAGGAAAAUAUAGUACUUUACACAAUUAAACAGAAUACAACUUAAUAUAACAUUAACUAAGCCCCUCCCCUCCCUAUUAACAAGAUAAAAGAUAAUGUAUAGGUAUUAUAACUUCCCUUUUGCUGAUUUUAUGCUUGUAUGAUCCUUAUCUAAGAUGUAUCAACAAUUUAUAUUUCUUCACAGUUUUAUUAGAGAUGAUAUACCUUGUCAUAAUCGAUCCUAUCGUAAUUUCUUCAUCAAAGUUGUAAGAGUUGUCUUAUUGAAAUAUUAUUCGGAUGAUGUGAAAUCCUAUUCCUGAUUCAGAAGAGCAUUUCAUCAAUAGUUGUUGUCUGACAACUUAUCAGAUCUGACUAACUUUCCUUGAUUUUGAUUGGUUUAGAAGCACAGGUACUAUGGUAACAGUCGACAAGCCAUUUCAUGAAACACAUCCCUGAAAUUAUAGUUUGAACAUUACAUAUAUUUUUUAUAUAUAUAUUCUCUCAAGGUUCUGUGUUGCUUCCAACCUACCAGUGAAUAUAAAAGUAGAUGAUUUUUAACUUGGUCAUUUUUAAUCUAGAGCUCAUUGCCAUUUUAAUGCAUCAAAUAUUGUUAUUGAUUGUCGGACAAAUCAUCAAAUUGAAUACCAUAGUGUACUAUCAGUAUUAAUGUAGUGACAUCACCUCCCAUUGAUCUUCUGUGAUCUUGUGUCCAUUCAUUGAAGCCGCUAAUUGAUCAAAAUGAAGUAAUAGGCACCGUAAUCUAAGAAUUGUGAUCGGCUGCACUUUUCAAACAAUACUGGUUGGUUACUUAUUUAAUUUGUGAGUGAAAUAUGCAUGCAACAAUGAUUGUAAUAGGCUAUGAUUGAUCACUACUACUUUUUUUCUAAAAGUGCCCUGAUUGUGCAAUCACUUAAGUGUAGAUAGUUGAAAUUAUCAUAGAAAUGUAUGCAGGAUUUAAGAAGGUUCUUUCAUUGUGAAUACACAUGAACUUGAUCUUGUACUAGUACUAAACUAAAUUUGAAACGCACAAAUAAUAUUCUUGUGAAAUUACACUUUAAUCAUAAUUUGUUUAAGAGGAGAUUUUAAUUCAUAUUGAAUUCUAAAUGUGGGAUUUUCUAGACAUGUACUCCAAUGGAUAUAAUUGGUUAUAUGUGUAUUUUGUUCAUUAAACACUCAAGCUGUGAAUCCGAUAUGAUUAUAUAUUUUGAAUGUUGGAAAAUUGAAACUACAGCAUAUUAGAGGAUAGCAAAUCAAAUAAGUUUUUUUUCAUGAGUAGGAUCCUAAGAAAAUUGAGAUUAUAAAUAAUGUAUAAAAUAGACCUAUGAUGUUGACAAUAUUAUACUUUUUCCAUAUCAAGACAAUUUCCAUUUUUGUUCUCUAUAAAAAGUAAAACCAUUGUUUUGAUUAAUAUGUAGCCAUAGAUAAAUCCCUUAUAAGAAUAGACAAAACAUCAGUGAUAAUAAUAAAUCAUUAGUGAUUUGAUAAAUUCCCUGCUAUUUGAAAGUCUGUGAUCAAAUUUAUUUUUGUGAAAAGCAUCAUAAAAACGGUGCUAUAUAUCAGAUGGCCAAUAAAAAAAUGGGGAAUAUUCAUGCAAAUUACAUGUAUAAGAUUUCUGUUAUUACAAAAGAAUCAAAUGAUAAAUUAUGUUGGUUCUGAUGUCCUAGUGUUCAUCAGGUUUUAAAACAUUUUUUUAAUGAAUGUGUCUUAUGCAAUGUAUCAUAAAUAUAUAUGUGAGAGAAUAAAAUAUGAGCAAGGA